CCGGUCACGAGACGACGCGCCAACCUCAUCCCUCCAACCACCGCCGUCUUCUCUUCCACGCGCCAAUGUCCACCGUCGCCUAAUAGUCCUCUCCUACAGCUGCACACCGCCAUGGAGUCCACCCCGAUGGACAUUGACCGCGCCGACCGCGCCAACGGCACCUCCAAAAGCAUGUCCAGCCUCCCCGACGUCAUGUCCUCAUACCGCCCUACAAAGCUCUUCCGUAGAGACAAUGCUUCCGAAAACAACUCGUCGGCGCCGUACGUCCUCUCCAUAGACUACGAUGACGAGGGCGAACUGCUGCUCACGUCGGCCAGCGACGAGACGCUGCAAAUCUACAAUGUCCGCGAGGGCCGCCACGAAAAGAGCCUCGUGAGCAAAAAGUACGGCGUCAAGCUUGCCAAGUUUACACACACAAAGUCGAGUAUCAUCUAUGCCUCGACGAAACAAAACAAUGCCAUCCGAUACCUCGCGACACACGAUAAUUCUUUCAUCCGAUACUUUGAGGGCCACGAGGCCACCGUCACAGACAUGGCCGUCCAUCCCGGCAGCGACAACUUCAUCUCGUGCGCCCAGGACAACACUGUCCGCCUCUGGGACACCCAGUCCAAGCACUGGCAGGGCCAGCUGCUGCUUCGCGCGCCGACACUCGCCGCCUACGACCCGUCCGGCACCGUCUUUGCCGUCGGAUGCCCCAGCAGCGGCUCGAUCCUACUCUACGAUGCACGCAACUACGACAAGGCACCCUUCCAGACCAUCGACGUCCUCGAGCAGAGCCGCUCUGUCGAUGCACAAUACUCCAUGAAGGGCUGGACCAAGCUGGAGUUUUCAAACGAUGGAAAGUCCAUUCUGCUUGGUACAAAGGGUAAUGGGCACUUCCUCUUCGACGCCUUUGAGGGCUCCAUGAAGGCAUACCUGCACCGUCCGACAGGUGGCACAAGGCGCGCAGCAGUGGGCGAAAGCCAGGCGACAAAUGGGGCGGUGCCGCCUGGGCCGCCGUUUGAAAGUUCGGGAGACUGUUGCUUUGCGCCGGAUGGCCGCUUCGUUGUCAGCGGCUCGCGGCAGGACGUUUUGGUGUGGGAUACGAUGAAGGCGGCAGAUGGAAAGUUACUGGAUCCGUCGUACACGCUGCCAGAUAAGAGAGAGGCGGCGGUCGUGGCGUUUAAUCCCAGGUAUAAUUUCUUUGCGACGGCGAAUCAGGAGCUUGUGUUUUGGGUGCCGGAUCCUCACUCAUAAGGAGGUGUGUUGUGUGUUGUUACUUUAUAGUUGAUCAUGGGAUGGAGUUUGCUCAAAAUUGGCUUGAAUUGAAAUCUUUGCCCUGCUUUCAGUCAAAUUAUAUCUUGUUCCAUAAGCGAUCUGAUUCGAAUGCGCUCAGGUGUGGAGAUGUCGUUAGUAGGAUGAAUGGCAGUGGCCACCACCUGCAACAGAACGUGUUUACGCAACGGUUAAAGCAAUACUUAUCCAUACAAAAUGAUAUUUAUUUAAUUAUAAGAUUUUAUAAAAAUAUAAAAAUACGAGGCCCUCCGCAAAAGCACCACUUAGACCAUCGUCGCGUGUGUAUGCAAGGUCCUACCCGGCACAAAAUCCACCAAAAAUACCCCACCACAACCACAUCCCAAAACCAUC